CAAGAAAGACUGCUAAGUCAGAUCAUAUCGCAAGCCAGGCAAUUAUCUGCUUCGCUUUCUCCUGAGAUUUUGAAGAUACAGGCCGUUCAAUUCUUUUCCUGGUUCGCAUGGUUUCCAUAUAUGUUGUACAUAAGCAGUUACGUUGGUAGUCUCGGUAUUUGCUAUAUCUCUGCGUUCCAGUAUUAUUCAUAUCUAAUCCUGAGCAGACACUGAAGGGAUACCCUAUCAUGCUGAGACGAUGAAGUCAAUCGGCUCGCCAAAGGAUAAUUUCAAGAGUUUAGAACGCGAUGGCUCUCGUGCCCUACUCUUUCAAGCCUCCCUCGCACUACUAACGAGUAUUCUGCUUCCCUUGUUAUUUCAACUCUACUCCGCCCAAAGCUACAAGCUUUAUCGAUCGUUGCAGGGGGAGCCAUGCUCUACUCAGAAGUUUACCUUUCCGUGGUUGAACUAUCGAAAUGUCUGGGUUACAUCCCAACUUUUGUACUCAUUCAGCCUUGUGGGAAUUCUGUCUGCGGAGUCAAGAGAACAAGUAAUCAUUCUAGUUGGCUUGACAGGAUUCAGCUUUGCCGUCAAUCAGUGGAUUCCAUUCUUGCUAAUCAACUUGGAAACUUUAAGCCCUGAGGAGUCGGACACGAGAAUUAUCGAUGCUGUCGGAAUCAUUCAAGGCGUGAAUAACAUUUCGAUCGCUGCACCUCAGAUCCUUGCCAUGGUCUUUUACGCGGGUCUAUUCUGGUUCUUGGGCGAGACGGGUGAUGUGACGCCGAUUAAAGGGAUUCGGUGGUCACUUUGUGGGAGCGUUUUUGCGUCGUUUAUAGCCGCUGCUAUAGCAUCGAGGCUCGGUGCAGCACCCGAAAGCUUCUUGGUGGAUGAUGGAUGCUAAUGUUUGCUCUACCUUGAAAAUCAUAAAUGCGCUGUUCCGAUGGACGCACGUAUUGAAUUGGAAUUGUUAGCUUACGAACAGGAUCGUGAUCAUAUACAGGUCUUGCACAAUCCGGUGAU